GCCGCAUUUCUGCUUCGAUGCAGGUUGUUUUACCAAUCUGAUAAUUCUGUGAUCGCAAAAUGAGCCUCAAAUACGAAGUGAAAAGUAAUGAAAAAUUAGGCAGAUAUUUAGUCGCUGCAAAAGAUUUAAAGCCAGGAGAACGAAUUCUAUCGGACCAGCCUUUUGUAUUGGGACCAAACAGUGACACGUCGCUGGUCUGCUUCAACUGCUACCUGCCUCUCAUAAGCAAGUUUCUCGUGUGCAAGAACUGUGCCGUUGCGCCGAUAUGCCCAGGAGAGGGAUGCACUGAUCAAUUUGCAAAAUGGCACUCACAGCAAGAAUGUAAUUUCUUCCGAAACCUUAAACUCAAUAAAGGGACUAAUCCCAUGACGUUGGUGCAGAACGUCGGAUCAUUGUUAGUUCUGCGAGCGAUAUUAAAGAGGGAUUUUAAUCAUCAGGAAUGGCAACUCUUUAUGGAAUUGGAAACGCACUUAGACCGACGAAGGGAGAGUGACGUUUGGGAUUUCUACGAUAACACCGUAAAGUUUAUCCAAUCCCUGGGUCUUCUCGAAAAUGGUCAGAACAAGGAUCUCGUUCAAAAGAUUUGCGCGGCCAUCGACGUGAACAGCUUCGAGGUGCGCGGGCCGCCCAUACCGGCCAUCGGCUGCGCGGAGGUGCUGCGCGGGCUGUACCUGCGCGCCGCGCUGCUGGCGCACGACUGCAUCGCCAACACGCACGUCUCCAUCAACGACCGGAACGAGCUCGUGUGCCACGCCAGUUGCGACAUCAAGAGAGGAGAUCCUAUAUAUUACAAUUAUACGGAUCCCUUGAAGGGUACAUCAUUACGACAACAACAUCUUAUGAUAGGCAAGUACUUCAAAUGUACAUGUGCGCGGUGUUCUGAUAUCACGGAGUUGGGAACAUACAUGAGUUCAGCGAUUUGCCCGCAGUGUAAAACUGGAUAUAUAUCGAAAAACGCUAGUGUUUGGAUCUGUAACAGCUGCGGAAAAGAAACUGAACCAUCUGUAAUUGAACAUAAGAUUCAAUGUUGCGUGGAGAAACUGGAAGUUAUAAACAAAAAAGAUGAAAAAGAUCUCGAGGAAUAUAUAAGAAACGUUUUGUUAGUACUAGCUCCAAACCAUUAUUUACUUCUGGAUGCCAAGCAACGCCUUGCCGGUGUUCUGAGGGAUACCAUCAAUAGAGAGCCGAGACCAACUAAGAAGUUGAUGCGACGGAAAAUAGAGCUGUGUCGAGAAAUAUUACCCGUACUUGAAGUACUUAGUCCCGGGAUAUGUCGGACUAAAGCUAUCACUUUAUACGAAUUACAUGCAACAACGGUGCAGCUGGCAAAGAAAAUGUUCGAUGCGCGUGAGAUAUCGGGGUCCACCUUUGUGGAUGAACUUCUCAUCGCAGAGAAACAUUUAAAGCGAUCACUGGAGAUGUUAGUGAUUGAACCGGGAAAUUCACCAGAAGGCGAGUUGUGCGCGAAAGCUUUAGAAGAAUACAGAGCUCUAAAAUUGACACUAGCAAAAGUUAUAGAUGGAAUUCACGCACAAGGGAAAACUUAUGAAAGCGAGAGUGUAUCUGAGAAUGUGCCCCUACAUCCAGAAGUGGACUAAACUU